UACAGAAGAAGAUGCGAGUCACUGGAGUUAUAACCCAAGGUGCCAAGAGGAUUGGAAGUCCAGAGUAUGUGAAAUCUUACAAAAUUGCUUAUAGCAAUGAUGGGAAGUCAUGGACAAUGUACAAAGUAAAAGGCACAAAUGAGGAUAUGGUGUUCCGUGGAAAUGUGGACAACAAUACCCCAUAUGCUAACUCCUUCACGCCUCCAAUAAAAUCACAGUACAUACGCCUGUAUCCUCAGGUUUGCCGACGACACUGCACAUUGAGAAUGGAACUUCUGGGCUGUGAGUUAUCAGGUUGCUCUGAACCCCUGGGGAUGAAAUCAGGGCAUAUACAGGACUAUCAAAUUACUGCCUCCAGUGUUUUCCGAACGCUCAACAUGGAUAUGUUCGCUUGGGAGCCCAGAAAAGCCCGACUGGACAAGCAAGGCAAAGUUAAUGCCUGGACCUCUGGCCACAAUGACCAGUCCCAGUGGCUGCAGGUUUUCCAGGGAAAUUUUGACAAUGACACUCACCGGAAGAACGUCAUUGACCCUCCAAUCUAUGCCCGGCACAUCCGCAUUAUCCCGUGGUCAUGGUACGGCCGGAUCACCCUGCGGUCAGAGCUGCUGGGCUGCACGGAGGAGGACUGA